CGUUUGCAAGAUGAAGUGUCUCGUGCUUGUUUUUGCUGUGGGCUACAUGGCCAGCCUUGCCGUAGCCAAUACCGCUUCUGCAAAAUAUGGGGUUAGGCCGAAUCCACCGCAACCGCAACCUCCUAACGAUGGAACGACCAACGAUAUCGAUAAAUGCGGGUGUCACGAGAUUGUGCACAAACUGAAGAGAGUCGAAUCUAAUCUGCUAAAGCUAAUUCUAAAUCUUCGUAAUAAGUAUGGAUCUGUCUAUAGCGAGCUGCUCGAUAUGAAGAAGAACGUUAAGAGCGUUUCUUGGUACGUUGGACAAUCUGCAGCUACUGGGGAUUCUAUCAAUGAUCAGCUUGUGGGAGCUUCAUUGACUCUCGCUCAAAUUAUGCAGUCUAUCAGAGAUCUAACGAUCAAUCAGCAAAGUCUGGUCACCAAGACCUUCCUUACCGAGUCCUUGUUGGAUCUGGAGGGCAGUCCAGGUGGUAGUAUUACUACCCCAGGCCCCGAGGCCGAUAUCGUGUACACGUCUUGCGACGAUGAGCGAAUCACCGAAACUGGGACCUACAUUGUACAGGAUUCCUUUGAUAAGCCCACAAAAGUAAUCUGUGUACUGGAUUUCUUACCUGGAGCAUACACGGUUAUUCAGAACCGCCAAAGCACCGAGAAUCUUGUCGACUUUUACAAAUCCUAUCAAGAGUACAAGAAUGGUUUUGGCAAUUUCGACGGAGGAGACUAUUGGUUGGGUUUGGAUAACAUUCAUAAGAUAACUAGCUCAGGCGACUAUGAGUUGAUAGUACUACUAGAGGACUUCGAGAAAAACAUCACCUAUGCCAAAUACGCCAACUUCAGCAUCGGUUCUGGAACCGACUUAUAUCCGAUUACACUGAUAAGUGGAUACGACGGUCAAGCUGGAGAUUCCUUGGGUGGUGCACAAGGUGUCCUAUUCAGUACAUUCGACAACGAUCUUGACAAUAGCGAUAUCAACUGUGCUGCUUCUAACCGUGGUGGUUGGUGGUACACUGAUUGUGGUAUGAGUAACCUGAAUGGACUCUAUCUGAAGGGAUUAUCUGGUGGUACUACCGGUAUGUUUUGGGAAACAUUCCGUGGCGCAAACUACAGUUUGAAGAGAAGCCGAAUGAUGGUUAGGCGUAAGAUAGCUAAUAUACCCAUUACGGUUGAAACUACUACUGUUGAUGGUGUUACUACUGCUACUGCUGAAGCUACUACUGCUGCACCAACAGAAAUGCCCGGAACUACGAUGCAACCUUAAGAAAACCAUUCGGGUCCGCAUAAACAAU